UAUAAUUCACUCUGGUGUCUGACAGUGCUAUUCCUUGUUACUAUUAGACCAUAUCGUUUGUCAUUUUCUUUACGUAAAAAUCCAAUAAGUUGUGGCCCGAGAAUUUAUAAUAUUCAUUUUAAUGUGCAUUUAUUUCUAGAAUAAAACGUUAUGGCGCAAAGUAAGUUCAAUGAUUUGGCUGGCAAAUUUGGAAAAGGCGGCCCCCCCGGUUUAUCAAUUGGUUUAAAAUUAUUGGCCGCCGUAGGAGCUACGGCGUACGGUAUUAAUCAGUCUUUAUAUACAGUUGAUGGCGGCCAUCGUGCAAUUAUCUUCAGUAGAAUUGGUGGCAUACAGAAUGACAUUUACGCGGAAGGACUACAUUUUCGCAUUCCAUGGUUCCAGUACCCUAUCGUUUAUGAUAUCCGUUCGCGUCCACGCAAAAUAUCUUCGCCUACCGGUUCUAAGGAUUUGCAAAUGAUUAAUAUAUCCCUACGUGUUCUGUCGCGUCCUGAUUCGUUACGUUUGCCUUCCGUUCAUCGUCAACUCGGAUUGGAUUAUGAUGAGAAAGUUUUGCCUUCCAUUUGCAACGAAGUCCUUAAGAGCGUAGUAGCGAAAUUUAAUGCUUCCCAAUUAAUAACCCAGCGUGCUCAAGUAUCGCUCUUAAUACGCAAGGAAUUGGUGGAACGUGCACGUGAUUUUAACAUUAUAUUGGAUGAUGUUUCAUUAACUGAAUUAAGUUUUGGAAAAGAAUACACAGCAGCUGUUGAAGCUAAGCAAGUCGCUCAACAAGAGGCUCAACGUGCUGUGUUCUUCGUUGAACGCGCAAAGCAAGAAAAACAACAGAAAAUUGUUCAGGCUGAGGGUGAAGCUGAAGCAGCCAAAAUGUUAGGUUUAGCAGUUAAGCAAAAUCCGGCUUACCUCAAACUGCGUAAGUUACGUGCUGCCCAGAGUAUCGCUAGGACGAUUGCAGGCUCCCAGAAUAAGGUUUAUCUCUCGGCUGAUAGUUUAAUGCUGAACAUCCAGGACUCGAGCUUUGAUGAUAUGACAGAGAAAGUUUACAAAAUUGGCGGUGAUUGGCUUGGCCCCACCUCUAAUCAAAACAAGAAAUCCGCAGAUAAAACUUUGAAGAAUAUCGCCCAACAUGCUGCUGUCCGUAUGCUUUAGGCAUCGCAUUCGUAUCUAAUGCGAGGUUAAAUAAUUCAAGUACAAAUUCAAGAUACCAAAAUUCAAAUAUUUCCGCGUCAACAGAAAUCGUCAAAGAAUUCCCGUUUCCCUUAUAUGCCUAUACACAUUCUCAUUAAAAAUUGUA